GAGAGAUUAGCGCGCGCCUCCUAAUCUCGGGCCGCAUCCAGCGAGAGGCAGCCCAAACGCAGCUCCACGCGUGCUCUCGCUCCCGCCGCAGCAGCACCCGAGCCUUUGUCGUUGCUCCGCAAGCCCCGGGGCAGCCCCUUGCAAGCAUGGGCGGCCCCAUACGAAAGCCCUCGGCGGCCAUGGACGGCAAGCGCGUGGCCAUGGACCCGAGCAUUUUGGACGCCUACGUCGAGAACCGGCCCUGGAACUCAAUGACCGGUGGUUCAGUCGCGAGCGGCGGCGCGAGCCUGCGCCAGGGCACGUUCGCCAGCUGGGACGGCCUGUCAGUCGACCCAAGACCGUUUUCACGCUUGGACACCAAACCAUUACCAGGAGUAGCGAACCCCUACGCCGCGUCGCAAGGCAUGGCCGGUUUUGCGUGCUUCGAGGUCGGCCCGGCGAAGGAGGGCGGGGCUCUGUGCCACCAGAAGCCGCCGCCCCACGCCGAAGCCGAGGUGCCUCUCACGGUGGAGCAGCAGCUCUCGCAACGUUUACCGGGCAACGGUGACGCCCUCGUCCAGGACGCCCCGACGUUCGUCAACAUGUUUGCCAGAGCCGAGGAAGUUGUGAAAACGGACACUCCGGCUGCCUAUAAAGCUGCGCAGCUCUCCAUGCAGAAAGGGGCGCUCAUCACACCUGCUCAGCGUAGAGCUGCGUUGGAUUUUCAAAUAAAAAAUGAAAGAGCUCGAGCCACCGUGAAGCGGGGCGAAUUGCAAGCGAGAAGGCUGCACCAUUUGUUGCGGGACCGGCACCCGCAGGGAGCUUUAAACGUCGAUAGCACGGCGAACCCCGACUCCUACGUUUAUGGGGAGGCGGCUCGGGAAAUCCGGCGGAGGGACGCGAACCACAAAGCGAGUUGCGACGCGAGACGCGCGAAUCUCACGAAACUCUUAUGUGGAGAAACGACGCACGGCUACGACCCCUUCCAGCACGACGAAAGUCUCAAACAAGAAAUGAACCGGUUCCUGCAGGCCAAGACGUUUGGCAAGUGCCGGCCGAGUCACUCGACCCAUGAAAGGUUGUUCACCAAACACGAAAAACCGCGAAAGGACGUCCGCGAGCAGUUCAUCCGCGACCGCGAGCUCGAAGGCAGGCCCUACGACAUCGUGGGGCACUACACCAUCGAACGGCUGCCUUCUCAUGUUCCUCAAAGAGUCAAUACUCAAUUAGCGCAUCCUUCGCAGAACGGCAAGGAGGGCCGGUGCACGCAGGGAAGUUUGGGGCGGACGCCGUGCCUGCUCUAGAGUAAGUAUUAUACCCCGGCG